AUGACCACCACGGUCCAAACAGAGACUUCCUUGUCCAUUUUCCCGGACCAGAUCAGACUCGAAGCAUCCCCAUCGCCCGGAUUGCCGGAUAUCCCCUUGCCUCCUCCAUCGAAAAAUCCAACACAGAUAUUGAGCGCUGAUAAGGGGACGCCGGAUGAACAUGUUCCUCGGGAUCCACGCCUUAUCAGGUUGACGGGUGUACAUCCGUUCAAUGUUGAGCCGCCGCUUACGGAUUUGUAUAAAGAGGGCUUCUUAACAUCACCGGAGCUCUUCUAUGUCAGAAACCAUGGCCCAGUACCACAUGUCCGUGACGAGGACAUCCCUAACUGGAAAAUCUCAAUUGAAGGACUUGUCGAAGAACCCCUGAUCCUAAACUUCCGAGAAAUAUUACAACAAUUCGACCAAAUUACAUCGCCCAUCACUCUCGUCUGCGCUGGAAAUCGACGGAAAGAACAGAACAUAGUACGGAAGUCAAAAGGUUUCUCGUGGGGUCCUGCCGGUCUCUCGACGGCUCUGUUCACAGGCCCCAUGAUGGCGGAUGUGUUGAAGGCUGCGAAGCCGCUUCGGAGGGCUAAGUAUCUGUGCAUGGAGGGUGCAGAUAAACUGCCCAAUGGCUACUAUGGAACUUCCAUUAAGUUGAACUGGGCCAUGGAUCCUAACAGAGGAAUCAUGCUUGCGCAUAAAAUGAACGGGGAGGACCUCCGGCCGGACCACGGCCGUCCCUUGAGAGCUGUGGUCCCAGGCCAAAUCGGAGGCCGGAGUGUCAAGUGGUUGAAGAAAUUGAUCCUUACCGACGCCCCUAGUGACAAUUGGUACCAUAUUUAUGAUAACAGAGUGUUGCCAGCAUCAGUUUCUCCCGACGAAGCAUCGAGUAACCCGAAGUGGUGGACAGACGAUCGAUAUGCGAUUUAUGACCUCAACGUCAACUCUGCCGCCGUAUAUCCCCAGCACAAUGAAGAACUAGAGCUCUCAUCAGCUGGACCCACAUACACAGCCAAAGGCUACGCAUACGCAGGUGGCGGACGACGAAUCACCAGAGUCGAAAUUUCCCUCGACAAAGGCAAAUCCUGGCGCCUAGCAAACAUCCAAUACGCCGAAGACAAAUACCGCGACUUCGAAGGCGACCUCUUCGGCGGCAAAGUCGAUAUGUACUGGCGCGAGACAUGUUUCUGCUGGUGCUUCUGGUCCCUGGAUAUCGCCAUCUCGGAGCUAGCUGACAGCUCUGCGAUUCUUGUUCGCGCAAUGGAUGAAUCGCUAGCCAUUCAACCGCGCGAUAUGUACUGGUCGGUUCUGGGGAUGAUGAAUAAUCCGUGGUUCCGGGUUGCUAUUACGAAGGAAGAUGGGGUGUUGAAAUUUGAACAUCCGUCGCAUCCAGUUUUGCCUGGGGGAUGGAUGGAGCGGGUUAAGAAAGCGGGUGGUGAUUUGACGAAUGGGAAUUGGGGUGAGAGACAAGAGGGUGAGGAACCGGUGGUGCCAGAGCCAGUGCAGGAGAUUAAUAUGAAGAAGAAUGAGCUAAAUAAGGAGAUAAGUCUGCGGGAGUUACAGAGUCAAAGUGCCAAGGGUGUGCCUUGGUUUGUUGUCAAUGGGGAAGUGUAUGAUGGCACGGGUUUCUUGGAAGGUCAUCCCGGCGGUGCUCAGAGUAUCAUUUCGUCUGCUGGCCAGGAUGUUUCCGAUGAUUUCAACGAAAUUCACAGCGAAACAGCAAAGAAAAUGAUGCCCGACUAUCACAUCGGUACAUUAAGUCCAACAGACCUAGCCGUCCUAAAAAACAUCACUCCCCAAGAAGAAUCAAUCGAAUCCCGUCCAACAUUCCUCCAACCACGCUCAUGGACAAAAGCCACCUUCUCAGCAAUCAAAAAAGUCUCCUGGGACACCCGCAUCUUCACCUUCAGACUCGAGCACAAACAACAGAAACUAGGUCUCCCCAUCGGCCAACACUUCAUGAUUAAGGUCACCGACCCAUUAACCCGCGAAUCAAUCAUCCGGUCAUACACACCCAUCUCUGAAAUUGAAAAAGAAGGAUCCGUCGACCUACUUGUCAAAGUCUAUUUCGCAACACCCACUAUCCCAGGCGGCAAGAUGACACUGGCCCUAGAAGCCCUCCCCCUGGAAUCAGUCAUCGAAUGCAAAGGCCCAACAGGCCGCUUCGAGUACCUCGGAAACGGACAAGUCUUCAUAAGCGGCAAGCAACGCUAUAUCCGCUCGUUCAAGAUGAUCUGCGGUGGGACAGGCAUCACGCCUAUCUUCCAGGUCCUCCGCGCAGUCAUGCAGAAUACAUCCGAUCCGACGAGUUGCGUGGUGCUCGACGGGAAUAGGCAGGAGGAAGAUAUCCUUUGUCGGGACGAGCUUGAUGCGUUUGAGGCGAUGGAUGGGGAGAAGUGCCAGAUUGUCCAUACGCUGAGCAAGGCGUCGGAUGCUUGGAGUGGAAGGCGGGGACGGAUUUCGGAAGACCUGUUGAAGGAGUAUGCGCCUGCUGAUGGUGAGAGUAUGGUGCUUAUUUGUGGGCCGGGAGCUAUGGAGAAGUCUGCGAAGGAGGUUCUUUUGGGGUUGGGAUGGGAGGAGUCGAGUUUGCAUGUCUUCUGA